UAAAGAAAGAGAAAUAGAGAAAAAAAGAGAGAAGGAUAAAACAGAGAAAAGGAGAGGGAAAAAGAAGAGUUACAAAGGAGUGACAGGAAUAUACAGCAGAUAGAAAGAAAUAACUUAAUCCUCGAUAUAAAGAUAAAAGUCAGAUCUUGAUUUCUUAACGUUAAAUGCACACAAAAUUUAAUCAACACGUAUAUGAUUUCUGAAAUGUGUGGAUAAAUAUAGAUAAAGAUCUGUCAUGAGGAAUUUUCUUAAAAAGCAGCCUAGUGGAUUAUUUAAGUUUCAUUCGAUGGUCUGGUAGAAUACAAACAUUAAUUGCACUGUUCAUUGAUCAAGUAUUAUUAUGAGAAUCAUACGCCAACGGUAUACCUUAAGCUUUGGUCACAACUCAGAGCGGCGAUCGACCGAUUAGUAGCCUGCUCGGUCGCCGCUGGUUAUAGGCAUCGCCCAACGAUUUUUGGAUAAGUCGAGCAGGCUGUAGAGCCUCAGCAAUGCAUGGGCGGUGCCCACUGUCGGUCGCCGGUCGUUUUUUAGGUAAAAACUGGGCGAUAUCGGGGAGCUUCUCCGUCCGGUGCUCCGGCAGUGACCGACUGAUGACCCACUUCAGCAGCGACCGAGCAAUGCCCUAAAAACAAGCGGUGCCUGGGCGAAAUUGGCUAAAAAUUCGCCGCCCGGCCGCCAAGCAGGCUGCAUUUUGGGUUGUGACCAUAGCUUUACCGCACCAUGAAUAAGACAUAAUUCGUCCCUGUUUUCACGAAGUGACGGUAGUGAGGAAAAUCGCAUAUAAUUUCACUUUUGAUUUUUUUUGCAUUUUUGGACAUCAUUCACUAACAUCUUGAACCUCACAAAAUUUCAGACCAUAAUAAUAUCUAAUUAUGUCACUAUGACGAUGACAGUAACAAGAAAAUACCUAGCAAAAGGAUUUUCUGUUUUCACGAAGUGACGGCCAAGUACGCGCUUAACAGCCGUCAAUUCGUGAAAACAUCGUUUGCUCUUUUCCUGCUUUUAAUAUUUUCACGAAGUGACGGUAGUUAAAAUUCGCAGUUUGGAACAGUCACAGACCAUGUAAAGGUGAGUUUUUAAAUGUUUUUUAAAGGUAAAUUAAUGUGGUACACUCUUUUGAUUCAUUCUGAUUCUUUGUAAGCCAUAAAUAUGUCCAUGCAUGAGCACAGAAAUGUGUGAAAAAUACACCGCCGUUCCACAUAUUGCCCCAUAUACUUAUUUUCAUGUAAGUGAAUAAAGGAGUGAUGUAUCAUGUGAUCCAAAACUAAAAAGAUCAACUUAUGUCUUAACAAAUAUACAUCUAGACUAAAUAACUUAAGUGGAGAGUCUUUCUUAUUUAGCUCCACACCAAAUAUUAAUGCUAUAAGUUCUUUUUAUAUCUGCUUAAGUUAUAAAUUUGAACAAAGUUUUACAGAAAGUUGCAUAGGCCUAGACUCUAGAGUAGAGUUUUACUUUUAUUUUUUCAGUAAUUUACUAUUUAGCUUAUUUGAUUUAGAGUCUAGAACUCUAGUUACUCUAGAUCAUCAUUUUAUAAUUAUCAGUUUAUGUCAGCCACUUCUCAUCUAUCUAGAAUCUAGAGGUGAGUAGAUCAGGAUCUAGACCAGACUGAGACUUUUCUUGUAAGGCGUGCCUGGGGUUAAAGAGACUUCAGGGCUCCAAGCCCAAGGCCAACAUCAAAAUGGCCAAGGGCAAAGGUAGUUAUGAAAAUUAUCAUCAUGCUGAGCUGAGAUGACCUGGGAUGUAGCUCCUCCUGGUUAACUGUUAGGGAAUUAAAUGAUUUGCCUUACAAGCAAAGAAGGACAUGAACGAACAUUUAAUUAAAAAUUGGAAAUUAGAUACGGUCCUGCCCUGAAAAUGAAUAAAUGGCACCAUCCGAAAAAGGAAUACUUUUGUUUUGAGACUGAAGUAAUCAUGAGUAGUCUACCUUUUGGGGAACUUUUGGGUCUACAUGUUUAGCUUAGUUUCUCUCAUUAGCUGUACUCUGUGUCUGUUAUAUUCAAAGGCAGCACUUUAGUACCCUUGGUCCCUCACCCUAUACAAAAAUUAUUUUAAACAAUUGUUCUUGAUACCAGCAAAUGUUGCCCAACUCCACUUCGUAUUUUAAAGAAUUUUCCAAGCAAGCACCAUACCAGAUGAUGUACAUGUCUCACUACCAGUACCUACACUUCAGUGGUAUUGACAUUAUGAUGUUUUUGCUUUCACUUAGUUUCAGAUGCAGUAGAUACAAUUUGCACUUGUAUGAAGGAAGCACUGGGAAAGUACAUCUACUUUUCAAAAAUGCCACUGGCCAGAAACAAAUCCAGAUGAGAAUAGUUUCAUGAUCUGUUCAAGAAAAUCACACUUUAGCAGCAAAGUACUAAGCACACUCACUGCGUAUGUGCAUUGGGGUGGUUGUUGUUUGGUAGGGACAAUUGGAAAAUUCUAUUUUGGGGUAAUAGGGGCAAUUGAAAACUUCUGUUUGGGGUCAGUUAUGCUUAGUAAUUAAUUUGAUGUACAAAAGAUAAUUGGAUUCAUUUCCUUACCUCUGCUUGCAAAUAAAUGAAAGAAAAUAACUUGUAAUUAUUUCUUUCAUUCUACAAAAUUAGAUUGGAUAAGGGGACCGACAUGCUGGUAAGAUGGGUCCUUGAUAAUUCACUGAACACAGAGCUGCAGAUGUGAUUUGGCAUAGUGACCUAAGAGUGGGAGCGGUAUGGAACCGUUGAAGCAAUUCACCAAACACGUACAGUCAGAGCUGCAUGUGUGACUUGGCAUGGUGACCCUUAAAGUCUCCUGGCGGCUCCGAUUGCGAUUCUGAUGAUGGCCCAUUGUCUAUGCUUCUGAGCGAGUCAAAAGUCUAGAUGAAGGAUCUUCGCUGCUUCAACCACUAUUGCUUGGAUGACAUACGUGUGAAGAAACUUGAAGAACUGUUGUUGAAGAGCAUGCUUGAGAAACUAGAAUCAAUUACAUGAUCGUUUUGACAAUGCUUCAAUGUUUCAAUACCUCAAUCUCUCUUUUAUACUGUUUGAUUUUAAACAUUUUAAAUAUCAUAAACAAAGCAAACUCCACUCAUAAUUGUAAUUGUGUGUAGUAAUCACAAUGAAAUGGAUUGAUUAUAAAAUCAAUGAAUUGAUUUAAAGCAAACUGGUAACAUUGUCCAUGAUUUCUGAAACAAUGAACUGAAUAGUCGUACUGGGUCCCGUAUUAUAAAACAGUUACCGUAGCGGUAAGUGCUCAUUUGAGCGGUAAGUCUUAAAAGCAGUGGUAACUUUAAGAUAAACGGUAAAUAUCCAUUGCAUAAAAACUUAACGCUGGACUUGAGCGGUAAGUCUGUAAAGAUCAGCGGUAACAUUACCGCUACCCUCUGAGCUUGCGGUAACACUACCGUAACUAUGGCUGCCAUACUGGCUGUGUUGCAGCGUCGUGGAUAUGAAAGGGCGAGGAGGAGGGAGCGGAUCUUCAGGGACCGCGGCCAGCUCUUGGAGUUAGGGGAUGAAGAAAUUUUUCGCAAGUACCGGUUUACACGGGAUGGGUGUAUUCAUGUUAUAAAUUUGAUUCGGCCCCUGUUGCAGCACGACACCAGACGGAAUCAGGCACUUCCCCCAGAGCUGCAAGUUUUUAUAGCUUUGAAUUUUUAUGCAACGGGGGCAGUGCUUGAUUCCACGGCCACGAUUCAUGGCAUCACCCGGGCAACAGCUUCCAGGGUAAUUCACCGUGUGUCAGUGACCCUCGGCACACUGAAACAUGAGAUAAUCAAGUUUCCAACGACGAUGGAAGAAGUCAACAGAGCCCAAGUGGAUUUCUUCAACAUAUCAGGCUUUCCCCAGGUCAUAGGAGUGGUCGACGGAACACACAUUAGACUAAAUGGAGCUCCCUUGGGCCCUGGUGAGCACGUCUAUAUGAACAGAAAAGGAUAUUACUCCAUCAACACCCAAAUAAUUUGUGAUACCAAUUACAAGAUCAUAAACAUUUUGGCACGCUGGCCAGGCAGCACUCAUGACAGCAGGAUAUUUCAGAACAGCAGAGUUGGACAGACUUUUGAAGAUCUACAACAGCAUGGUCUACUUCUUGGAGAUUCUGGUUACGCUUUAAGACCAUACCUGAUGACACCAGUGCUAAAUCCAAGGACUCCUGCAGAACAGGCUUACAAUAGAGCACAUGCUACAACGAGAGUAAAAAUUGAACAAGUCAACGGCCAACUCAAGCACAAAUUCAGGUGUCUAUUAAAUGGAAUGCAAAUGGCAUCCAGAAGAGCGUGCAAGAUCAUCACUGCAUGCGCCGUAUUACACAAUGUGGCUAAAGAUUUGAAGCAGCCUGAUGAAGUAGACUUUGGUAUUGAACAACAUGAACACGAACCAGACAGGGACCACAUUGUAGACAACGGCUUAGCCAUCAGAAACACUAUUAUUGCUAAUUAUUUCCACUAGAUUUUUAUGAUGAAGACUUCUAUAUAAUGUAACCAAGAAUCUUUUUCAACAUUCACUGUUUAUCUAUAUUUUAUAUCAUUCAAACAUACUUAUUUUUAGGGUGGACUUCCCCUGCUUUAAAACACCAUUUUGGGUCAUCUAUAAGUUGACACAUAAAUUCUUUUUAUUACUGCACUAUUUAGUUGUGACAAUAUUGUUAAAAUAUACUUGUACUAUAUAACUCAAGUGGUAGUAAUCUUCUGUUUGCAUUGAGAAUCUUAAUCAAUUCAGUACUGCAUUCAACCGGGGGGGGGGGGGGG